AUGAUUCAAUUAUUUCGCGAGAAAUAUCCAGACAGUGAUAUUAAUGCUAACUCAUUGAGGUGUCGACUGAAAGUAAAAAAAGACCGGUCUCGAAAGCUUGUUCGUGCUGAAGAUGAUAAUCCUACCAGUAGCCUCGUUCCGGUUGCAGUUGCUUUACCGAAGCCAACAAAAGUGACAGCUUGUGAAAGAUGUCGGAAAAAGAGGAAGCGAUGUGGUGAUGCAACUCAAAACGACAAGUGUGAGCGCUUACAGAAGACGAGUAGCUCUAAUAUUCAGGCCUUCUUUCGGUCUCAAGCUUGA